AUGUUAAUGACACUUUUAAGCUCUCACUUAGAUGGUUUAGAAACUGAGACUCCCCAAAUCCCUGAUGACAACAUCUGUCAGCAGGAAGACCUGGUAGUGGAGGCGAGUGCCGACACCAGCCCCUGCCACUACCAGGAAUCUGUAGAUGAGAGCGGAGUCCCUCCGUAUAACACCAGUGAGGAGACUCCCCAAAUCCCUGAUGAUAACAUCUGUCAGGCGUCACCUGAAGAGACUGGCACCAACACCAGCCAGGACGAGGGCUCAGUAACGGAACUGAGCCAAGAGGAUAAGAGCGGAGUCCCUCAGUGUAACACCUGUGAGGAGACUCACGAUAUCCCUGAUGAGAACACCUUGGAGGCGAGCGCCGACACCCGCCCCUGCCACUACCAGGCGUCACCUGAAGAGACUGGCACCAACACCAGCCAGGACGAGGGCUCAGUAACGGAACUGAGCCAAGAGGAUAAGAAACACCUUAAGGAGGAAUCUGGCACUACCACCUGCCGGCCCAAGAUCUCCCAGAGAAAGCGAGUGGAACCUCCGACCAACGAGGGGAAUAACACCAUCUCACUCGCUGAGAAAUAUCCAGAGCCCGGGAGAUAUUUCAAAUUGGGGGAACAAAUCGGAGAGGACCCCAAUGGAGUGAUUUACAAUGGAUGGCACCGAAGCAGACGAAUGGAGGUGGCCAUUGUAAUCAUAGAAGAUCAAGAGAAGCAAAAAGGAAUCCAAUCAGAAGUUCAAGUCCUUGAAAUGGUGUCAGGCCAUGAAAACAUCGUGGAUUUCUAUGGGGCCUAUUACCAUCAGGCCCCACGGACACCAUCACUCCCGGAAGGACUAUGGAUUGCUACUGAGUUCAUCACUGGUGCCACUCUGCAAGAUCUCAUUGGCACCAGAAAGACCUUAGGAGAAAGGUGGAUCUCCUACAUCUGCAAACAAAUAACCACGGGCCUUUUCCACCUGCAAAAGAAGAACAUCAUCCACCAUGACAUCAAGCCCGAAAACAUCCUGAUCACCUCCUAUGGAGAGGUGAAGAUCGGCGAAUUUGGAUUUGCCACGUUUGGAGAAAAGAGCAGCAGUACUUCUGGGACUAUAACAUACUCGGCCCCAGAAGUACUGGCUAAUUUUACCAACAAGCACGAGUAUGACCAUAAGGCUGACAUCUGGUCACUCGGCAUUGCAGCCAUCGAAAUGGCGGAGGGACUCUCAUUCAGCAAACUUCCACGACAGAAGCUGAUUGAGAAGAUCACACGUGGUCCCGCGCCAACAUUAACACCAUGGGGAAAAUGGAGCGAUGAGUUCCGUUUCUUCAUUUCCGAGUGCCUGCAGAGAGAACCAUCGAAAAGACCGUCUGCAAGGCAACUUCUGUCCCACCCCUUCAUUGGAGAGAUCAGGGGUGAAAGGGGUGUGCAAAAGAACAUCGCCCAACAGCUGCACAGAGGAAUGAAGCACUAAAAGAACAGAAGGAGGCAGCCAUCGGGG